UCUUUUUCAAUUUGGCUGUGAAACAACGAAGAACGUGAGCAAUCCGAUCAGAUCCCUCUCAAACGCGAACCGAUUCCACACAAAAUAAAACGCAUAGCGGAACCUAACUGGAAUCCAGGCAGGCGCAAGUGCAACGAAAGUGAAACGAAGAGCAGCAACAAAAAGCUAAGCGGAAGUGAGAGACAAUCACAAACAAUUAGAACACACUCAAUUUGAGGCUGUGAAAGCUUCGAACGCACACCCCCAACUUAAUUCUUAAAGUCAAAUUGGAGCAGUCUGUGUUGCAUUCAAACAUACUAAUUUUUUUGGUGCAGUGUAAGCUUCGAACAACUGGAACACACACAGACACACACGCACGAACACUCAAUUGAAUGGAGUGGAUGUGGGAUGCGUGACAGCAGCAGAAGCAACAGCAACAGCAGCAGCAACAACAAAGCCAAACGGCAGGAAGUGGCCAAACUAGAGAGCGACACAGAGAGAGAGAGAGAGAGGGAUUAAUCCAGUGAGACAAAGAGAGAGAUAACCGUCAAACAGCAGAAUCGAAGCAAACUGCUUCAAGUCGCAGUCUAAUUAUAGCGCACUGAUGUCUAAAAAUAAGCAACAAUUCCACAGCCACACAACCACAAACUCGGGCAAACAAACCCAUUGAGUGCUGGAGAGAGGAGAGUGGAACAGCCUGCAGAGAUCAGAGAGAAUCUACAAGCAGUCCAAGCAGUUUCGUUUUGAGUUUCGCUUUCGUCAGUGUCGCGCGCGACCAACAGCUGUUUAAUCGACACAACAAAACAAAAAGCGCGCUGGCUGGUGAUAAGGAUAGCGAUAGCCCAAAAUCUGUGGUCACGCCAAAGGGUGCAAGGGCGGCAGCACGAGUCAGCAACGCUAACGGAGCUUACGGAGCAGGCGCAGCUUGUGGGCCAUACAGGUUGACAAGACAGCGGGAAGGGGACAGAUAGAAACAACCGACAAGGAGCCGUUACAAAAUGCGAGCUGCGUGUUCGAGUGGCCAGAGCGAGAGUCUCGAUCCAGACACGAACACGGAGAAUAUUUACUUUCUUAGCUACGCCCAGGACACGCAGCAUGCAAAUAUGAUUUUCGCAGUGGGAUUUUCGUCUAAAGUGAUUCUCGUGCUGGCCGCCAUCAUGCUGGCCCUGUCGCUGUCCGGCAGCCAUGUGGCCGAGGCCAGUCCCGUGACCGUGACCACAGAGGAUGGUGGUGUGCGCACGCGCUGUGCCGACUUCCUGGCGGAGUCCAUUCAACUGAUCUGCAGAAAUCGCACACGCUCGCUGGCCGAUGCCUAUCCCAACAGCUUUGGGCGUCGCAACAAGCGCUUCUCCCCCGACGAGAUAUUCUACAGGCCGCUGCAGAAUGGACCCACACACGACUGUUGCAUCCGUCCGUGCAACUACACGGAGCUCAAGCAGUACUGCGCUCCCCCCGAAGACGAAAACUGAGUGCGAAAAACCCGAGCGAGCCCCAGCCAGGUCUAGGCACACAUAAAUAUUGCACCAGCAUCCCAGCACUAGCAGCACCUCAGCACACAAGCGGCACACAAGAAGCAGCAGCAAGCAGCAAGCAGCAAGCAGCAUUCAGAAAAAAGCACCCCAGCAGCAUCUAGCGAACCCCACCCCACAUAGAGUACACGUACACCUAGCACAUAUUCCACUAAUUUAAACUACACUCUAAUUGCACUUUGUAAACAAAUAAAAACAUGCGAAAUGCAGGAAA